AUGAGUGUGGAUGUUGAAUCUUUAGAUGUGGAUGCUACUCAGCUAUCAAAGUUAAAGCUGUAUGUAUCAGGGGGUAACGAUACUAUGUCACAAAAGACUUACAGUACAGUGACCCCUCCGCCAUCUCCACUCGAUGUCCAUGGCGAUGUUGACUCCAGGCCUCCUCAUUCCUAUGUCAGGAUUGUGAUCAUGUCCCUGCUGGACUGCCCAGGUCAUGAAGCUACGAUAAGGGAGAUCUAUGACAUGAUCACAUACAAGUUUCCGUACUACCAAGAGAACCGUCUUCAUUGGAAGAACUCUGUGCGCCACAACUUGACAGUCUUUAGUUGCUUCGAGCGAGUCAUUACAGAGGAAGGUUCGACGUCCCGUGGUUCGAACCGCUGGAGACUGAUUGGAAACUGGAGAUCAAUACUGGAAAAAGCAGAAGCCGUUUCCGUUCGAAAGAGUAGACCAUGCACUCCGAGUAUUGUUGAAGAAUUCAUUAAGAAGAAGAAAAAGCACCAUCACAAGACAUCACGCAUUAAUAAGUUGGAUAUUGUUUCAAGGAGAGAAAAGGACCUGGCAAAGAGAAAGAAACGUGAAAAGGCGAGGAAACUGAGGCUAGCAGCUGGUAUUUGCAGAGUCAACAGGAUGCCUUUAGCAGAUUCAAACCAUCAUGACUUCACUACUCCCGUCAAACCGACCGAAGAACCGCUUCCAUCCCGUAUGUCAACUCCUCCUCCUAGACUCCCUGGUAUCGAAAACAUCUUUCUACCUUCACCUACCCCAAGCAUCUCACCACUAAGAGAACCAAUGAACAUCUGGGAAGAUGCGCCGGACGAUUUUAAUCUUCUAUCCGUUCCUAAUCUCUCCCUCAUUGACGAAAUCACUGACAUAAUCUCCGCUAACGAUGAGGCAAAAGUUCCUCACCUUGAAGCACAGACGGAUUCUUUAGACUUCAUAUCGCAGUAUGAAUCGGACAUCGACGUCGCUAUCGAGCGACAAUCGACUUGGCAUCAAUUUACACCAGAACAGAGUCCAGCGAAAGCGUGGUCUGAGUUGUCGAAGGCAGGCCUCAACGGGUAUACUUCAUCAGCAACGAACAACCUCUGGGAUCUUGUAGAUUCUACCGUGAAUCCUGAAUUUUUGGACUUGUAUACCCUUAACGGUGAGUGGUCCUCAACAAUGACGACAGGUGACUGCCUAUUGGUAUCGUAA